CGCGCCACCGGAGCAGCCGGCAGCCGCCGCCUCCCGGCCCCGACGCCAUGAGGCUGACCGUGCUCGUCGCCGUUGUUGCUACCGCUUACGUGACAGCGGCCGAGGUCCGACUGCUGCGCCGCCUGGUCCCGGCCGGGCGUUCCUCGCCAGAGCGCUCCCUGGAGGCUAAUCUCCUCUCGGGAAACGGCACGAACACGACCUUCGCGCUGAAUGGCACCGAGCCCACCGCCGCGGCAAGCAAUGAGACCACCACCGACAUCGUAACGGAGCAGACUACCACCACCACCACCACCCUGGCGCCCACCACUACCCGACGCCGCCGCCGUCGCCCCAGGAAAACGACGACGACGACGACGACCGACCACCACCACCACCACCCCGGCGCCGCCCAACUGGAGUAUGCUGCCGAAGGAGCGGUGCAUCUGCGAGCUGGACCGCGAACUUCGCUGGGCUCGCCAGCAGCUCAUCGACGAAAUAGUGCGGCACGAAGGGGCAAGCGGGCCGCGGGUUACCACCACAACCACCACCACCACCACGACCACCCCCGCUGCCCCCGUCCCCACCGCCGAGACCAUGGCGUCCGACGGCGGCACCGCUGACGUCGCCAACAACGUCACGGGCGUCACGGAGCCCGUCACUAACGUGACCGGCGGGGACCCGACCACGCCGCUGCCGCCCACCUCUGUGGCGGUGGCGCCGCGGCGCCGCCGGGAGGCCGAGGCGAGCACGAGCGGGCCCGACUCGCCGGCUGACGUCUCGCUGUCCUGCGGCAACACCACUGACGGCCUCAGCAACGGCAGCCAGCCGUGCGGCAACGGCACAGAUUCGUACGGAAACGCGACCGACACGACCGUAGCGACCACGACGACGGAGCCACCGACGCCGACGACGACGACGGAGGCCACGACGACGAGGAGGACGACCCGCGCGAGGUCCACGCCGCGAGCACGACCGGCACGGACCUUCCCGCCAGGCAUCAUGGCGACCGGACGUGGACGUCGCCCGCGGCUUUCGCUCUGCCAGUGUCCAAACAGAGCCGAAGGUGUAUUCGGGACCAUCCGAAUUCUCAACAUGCAUUGGAGGACCGUACUGUUGUACCCGAGCUCUGGAGUUCACCGUCGAGCCACCAAAUACAUUCACGAACAGUUGGACCUUGUGUUCCGCCGCUCGCUCGGCUCGUGGUACGCCACCUCCGAGGUGUUGGCCAUGGAGGAGGGUAGCGUCGUCGCCCACCACAAGGUGUACCUGACCAGGAAGGUGGACAACAUCACCGACCUGGUGCAGCGCUCCUUCACCAUCGGCUACCGCGCCGGCGUCACCGACAUGGAGGUCGACUCCGAUUCGAUCAGCUACUACUUUCCGCCUGAGCCUCCGACAAAGCCGGCCAUCUGGUACCUGCGCUAUCUCGCCUUGGUGGUGGCCUUUGGGGUCCUGGGCGGCCUGACGUACGACGUGUGCUGGCGCACCAACGUAUGCGGCGUGCGUGCUCCGUACGGCACGCUGGAGCCGGAAGAGCAGCAGGGGACGAAGCCGUCUUCGGCCAAGAGCGGCCUGUUCUACACCGUCUCCACCAUGGUAACUACGCACGCGCUCUGGGCAAAGACGAAGGCCGUGGCCGCGCUGCAGCGGGUGAAGAAGGCACGGUCAGGCGACACCGACGGCCUGGCCACCCAGCUGGAGUGUCAGCUGGAGGAUCCGGUGGAGGAGCCGCAGCAGGGAGCCGACAGUGCACUGCCGGCGGAGGACGAGCAAGAAGUCGCCGCCGACGGGGCCGACGGUCCACUACCGGCAGAGAACGAACCGCGAGCGGAGGACGAACAGGAAGCGGAAGAUGAACAGCGGGGUGCUGAGGGUCAGCGGGGUGCUGAGGAAGGCGACGAAGUUCAGCGGGAGGACGAUUCCGCUGAGCAGGAGGGCGACGGGGACCAGGAGGAGGAGAAUUCUCCUCAGCAGGAGGACGAUAUGGCUCAGCAAGAGGAGAACGAUGACGCUCAGCGAGAGGAGGGUGCCCCACACGAAGUCGCGGAGCCUGAGGCAUAGAUCAGCAAUCGUCUCGUAUGGAUAAUACAGGGACGAAGGUCUGCACCUGAAAUCCGCCAAACAGACGCGACAGAACCGACACAAAUAAACUAGAGUGCUCUGCGGGACCUAAUAUCCAGAACAGCUGUAGCAGUGGAAAUACGCCAUCCGAUGGCACGGAGCAUUUGAAACGUGUAGCGUUAACCCCCUCACAGAAUACGUCUGUUGUAUUUCACUUGACCACCGGGAUGCAGGUAUGAAGAAACCACAGCCCCGUGAGCGGAACGCUGAGUGCUUUAUAUGCCGUACCUUCUUAAGCGGCUGUUUGUGUUGUGUGACGCAAAACAUCCUACUAACAUCAUAUGACCAGCAAUUGGGAAACUAAUCACUCUCAGACGAACGUGUCUAGGGCCUGUGAAAUGUAGGGUGUUCAAUAAACCCAGUGGUGUACUCAGCACAGUGCACCUAACCCAUUUAGGACCUGGCCUUGUGAUCAGAUGAAUAUGAAACAGACGGUGCACCAAAUGUGACACCGAUCACUAGAUAUUAUACCUGGUCAGAAGAAUGUUACAGAAAUGUUUCCCAAUAUUUGUGCGGUUGUAUUUCAUAAAAAAAUCUGGAAGCGAACACUUAUUUGCGAAAUUACUAUCAGUUAAUGUACCGUUCUAACUAGCUGCUUGUCUAGUACCAAUGCGGUUGUGUAUUCAAUUUUCUAAACCAUUCAGGUGCAUCCGUCUGAUGGAAGUCGUGGAGCGUGUAUUGCCCCUUUAAUUUAACUCCGCAGUACCAGCGGUGGCUUUGGAAAAAGAGCGCCACGAUUCAAUAAUGAGCGCAUCUGAAAA